AACAAUGUGGAAGUUAUUUUUCUUGGUGUUUGCGUGCCUUGUCUCAGAAUUUUGUGCCUCUCAAGAUUCUUUACUGCUUACACAUAUUAUCUACAGACAUGGAAAUAGGACUCCAAACUUCAGUCAUCUGCCUAUAGUAAAUAAUCCUUAUGCAAAUGAAACUUUUUUCCCAUUUGGAAUCGGACAUUUGACUUUGGAUGGUAGAAGGAGAGCUUAUAAUCUAGGAAUCAAAUUAAGGAAGAGAUAUUCAGAGUUUUUGGGUGAUCUAUAUUAUACUGAUUUAAUUGAGGCUAGAUCUUCCAACUCACCAAGAUGCGUUAUGUCCAUGCAAUCGGUAUUGGCAAGUCUAUUUCCUCCAACUUCUGAAUGGGAACUCAAAUCUGGUUUGGAAUGGCAACCUGCUUAUUUCUUUGCUCCGAGCAUCAAAGAUGACAAAUUAAUUUACCCGAGCUGCGAUAAAAUAACUAAACUUCAUGGAGUUAUGGAUGAAGAAUUUUAUAACUACGUUGAACAGAAUACCGGUAUUAACAUUACUUCUUCCUUUGAGAUGAUGCGUAUUUGGAAUAUUUACCAUAAUUUGGAAGAACUAGGGUUUGAACUACCUGAAUGGGUAUUAGCGCAGUGGCCUCAACCAUUUGCUAAAUUUGGUUUGCAAUAUUGGAAGAGAGUGGCUGAUCAAUCAGCCCAUUACGUUAUAGGACCAUUGCUCAAAAAAAUGAACAUAGACACAAUGAGAAAGAUCAAUAAUACUUUGAUACCAAAAGAUCGUAAGAUGUUUAUGUAUUCUGGACAUGAUAUAAAUGUGGUUGGUUAUCUGGGAGCUAUAGGAGUUUUUAAAGAAAAUAUGUAUAUAAACUAUUCCGCUUCUAUAUUGAUCGAAGUGCAUCAAGUUAAUGACGACUAUUUUGUUAAGGUAUUGUUUGAUAAUUACGAUGGAAAAGAACAUCAAGUUAUCAAAAUCCCAGCUUGCGGAGGAGUAGAAUUAUGCCCAUUGAAUACUUACAUUAGUAUUACGGAAGAAAAAUAUGGACCAGAAGAGUGGUGUACAUAAACUUCAACAAUUAUAGUGAAAUAGA